CAUCAUCCCACCGAGGACCGCUCAUUUCGAAAAUGGCGCCACUUCCGGGUUGUUCACGCUAGAAGGAACACUCUUGCCAAAAAAAGACACUUUUGCCAUGUUUUAAGUCAUUUCUACGGUACCUGUUCUAUUGAUUCAGAGGAACAGAUAGCUAACCGGCCGAUACAAUGAAUUUUUCUGACCUCUUCCAACAGACGAGCGGCCUGUGCCUUUUUUCGCCAAAUGGAAAAUACUUGGCUAACUGUGUGCAGUACCGGCUGAUUGUGCGUGAUGUCAGGACUCUACAGAUCCUGCACCUGUACACCUGUCUGGACGCUGUACAACACAUCGUGUGGUCACCUGACUCUCAGUUCAUCCUCUGUGGCAUGUACAAGAGGGGCAUAACUCAGGUUUGGUCCAUUGAACAGCCAGAGUGGACAUGUAAGAUAGACGAGGGUUCAGCCGGGCUGGAGUCUGUUUGCUGGAGCCCCGAUAGUCGCCACAUCCUCACCUUCGCCAACUUCCAGCUGCGUAUCACCGUCUGGUCCCUCAUCAACAAGUCUGUCUCCUACAUCAAGUACCCCAAGCAGGGCAAGAAAAUGUUAGACUUCACCAGCGAUGGUUCCUACAUGGCCCUGGCUGAGAGAAGAGACUGUAAAGACUACAUCAGUGUCUUCUCAUGUAAACAGUGGCAACUGAUGAAGCACUUUGAGACAGAUACGAAGGACCUGGCAGGGUUGGAGUGGGCUCCUAAUGGCCGGGCCUUGGCUGUCUGGGACUCUAUUCUGGAUUACAAACUGCUGCUGUACUCCCUGGAUGGACGCUGCCUGUCCACCUACAGUGCGUACGAGUGGGCGCUGGGCAUCAAGUGUGUCUCCUGGUCACCUUCCAGCCAGUUCCUCGCUGUGGGCAGCUUCGAUGAAAAGGUUCGCCUGCUGAAUCACCUGACCUGGAAGGUGAUCAUCGACUUUUCCCACCCUCCUCUGUUGGAAGGCAAGGCAGUUGUUUAUAAAGAAAUAGAGAAGAAGCUGCCCUCCCUGCAGGGUGAAGUGGACCCUCCCGGUGGAGCAGUGUUCACAGGGUCCAGUCACUACGAGGUGGUAUCCGAGCGCCCAGCUCAGAUUCCUGUCAUCAAGGCUGACCCAGAGAAGGCCAACCCCAAGAUAGGAGUCAGUCUGGCUGUCUUCAGUCCGGACAGCAAGUAUCUCGCCACCAGGAAUGACAACAUGCCGUGUGCCCUGUGGAUCUGGGACAUUCGACAACUGGCACUGGUGGCCAUACUACUGCAGGCAGCGCCUGUCAAACAUUUGGAAUGGGAUCCGUGUCAGUCCAGACUCGCCUUCUGCACAGGCACCAACAAAGUCUACAUGUGGUCACCUGCAGGGGCCUUGUCUGUGGAUGUACCUGUUGAAGCCUCAUUUCUGGUGCAGUCCCUGAGAUGGCACCCAGAGGGCGCUGCUGUACUGCUCAUGGGCAGAGAGAACAUGUGUAUGUGCUUCAUCGACCGCGACAAGAACAGGUGACAGUAACUUUUGAGGGCAGGCAAGAGACAAAACUGUCAAUCGAAUGGCAUAAUCUGGAAUGUGUGUACAUAGUAAUAUAUACAUGUAUGAUGUUGAGAAGUGCUGUAUUGAAAUAAACAUGUUGAUAAAUUUGUAUAUGUAGCUUACAAGGUUUGCAAAGACAUGGAUGAAAGGUAAAUGAAUGAAUGAGUGAGUUGCACCUUUACUGGCACUGUUUCAUACAGAAAUAGGGUCAAAUACAGGUAGAAACAAAUGGUGCUUUUAGAAGGAUAUGUGGAAGCACGAAACGUUUUAUCUCUUAUUAGUUUAUAUAGGUUUGAUAUUUGUAAAGCUGAAUGUAUGAAGUUCAUUCACAUAAUUCAAAUGAAGCAUACAUCACUGUCUGCAAUCUACUGGGUAUGAAUAAACUUUAUUGAAUUGUGUAUAUGAUGUAACAUUGCUUUGUUGUUGCUCUGUGAUAUUUAUAUUGUAUAG